CUCCUACACCGCAAACCCAUAGUGGCAAAAGUCAAGGGUACAUCCGGCUUUUUCCCCUCAGCACAAUUUUUCCGCUUUAAGAAAGCUUUAUGCGGUCAAGUGGUACGACCGGCGCAGCCUCUUUAGCUCCAUAGCCUUCCUCUCCCACCGACAUGGAUCGCGACACCGACCUCUUCCCAUCGUCGCCGACGAACUCCUCCACCUCCUCCUCCGAUCUGGACACCAUGUCGACGGGAUCUUUCUUCCACGACCGCAGCACGACCCUCGGCACACUGAUGGGCCUCACUUCGCCGGGAAUCCAGCCCACGCCCAUUAGAGCAGCUUCCGGUCGGCGAGCCACCGCCGCCGCCGCCGCCGUUUUGCGUGGAGAUGGAAGCGGGCGUAAGACGAAGGCUAGACGGGCCGGAUGUUGGCGGCUGUGUGGCGGGGAUGUGGGACCCACAUCGCUGGAGGAGUUCUUGCGGGCCGAGCGACGGCUUGGGGAAAAUUUUAUGUGCGGCGAUGUGGUUGUGGCGGAGGGCGGCGGAAGGUUGUUUAUGGACGGGAGAGUUCUUCCUCCGCCGGCGGCGAGUUCUGUGGGGAGGCGGCGGAGGGAGGGCGAGGCGUCGGGGUCCAUCGGAAGGCUGCCGGUGAUGAUAGCCGGGAUUUGCAACGGCGGGGAGUGGUAGAUUUGUAAUUUUAUUGCUUUUUUGGG